UUGCUGUACGCUGUCGGUGGUUUCGAUGGAGAUCGUCGUCUGGCCAGUGUGGAACGCUACAAUCCCGAAACGGACGUCUGGGUGGAGGUUGCCAGUCUUAAUCGACCCAGAUCGGGCGCAGCUGACGCCAAAAGGCGUCGUAGCACGGGUCUUUCUCUGCCAGGCCCCCACGCAUCAUUUGCUCCCUUCGCCUCCGGUAUACACCUACCCUUUGUGGACAUGUCCCGCCUGGCCCUUUGGACACCCGCUUUAACUCUUCGCUUGUGA